AUGAUUAAAUCUCAGAUUCAGGACCUCGCGAAGGCCACAAAGGCCAAUCAAGCAGGAGAAGUGAAACUUCGUGCUGAUAUGAACAAGGAGUUGACAAGCUUUCGCCAAGAGGUCCAGAAGCAGAUUGAAUCCUCAGAGCAAUCAGUUCGUAGCACCUUGGAUACACGCAUCCACUGUAUCGAGCAAAGUCUUAAAGAGACAAACCAGGGCAUGAACGAGGGAUUCAAGGCCAUUCUAGCUCGCUUAGCUCCGAUCGCUCCAAAUUCGCAAGAUGAAUCAGCAAAGCGUCCCCGUCCGGAAGAGAAGGACAUGCAAGUCGAGGUGAUCGUUGAUGGUACACAGCUGCUGAGAAACGACGAGACCGUCCUGGAGAAGCUGAGCGCGAGCUCAGCGGAGCGACGGCCGUCGGUGCAGAUGGUCUUCAGCGUCAACGUGGUGGAAUGCGCCAGCUUCCAAAGCUCAGGGGAGCUGCGUGUGGAGACCUUGAAGGCGGUCCAGAUCCCUCCAGGGACCACGCGCAUCGAGAAAGAGGCCUUUGACGGCUGCGUGGCCUUGGCAAAGGUGGAACUGCCCAGUUCGGUGAGCUACAUCGGUCCGAGAGCCUUCCGAGGCUGUCGGUCGUUGAGCACCGUGGCGAUGCCCUCCGUGGCGAUCCUCGGAGGAGAAGCCUUUGCCUCCUGCAGUUCGUUGAGGAGCGUGACGCUGCCCUCAGUGAAGCGGAUUCUGGCUCGGGCCUUCGAAGGCUGCAGUGCUUUGCAAGACCUGACACUGCCCCAAUCAGUCGCUUUCCUCGGCGCCGGCGCCUUCGCCGGUUGCUCACUGGUCUCGCUACGGGUGCCCAGCUCGGUGAUGCGGAUGGAGAGAGACGUCUUCCGUGGAAUGAACUCCUUGAAGUCGGUGCUUUGGGAAGAGCCUUCGCAGGUCUCGUCUUUGCCGCCCGCGGCCUUCCACUCGUGCCAUGCCUUGUGCCACGUGACGCUGCCCCCCUCCAUCACAGAACUACAGAUCGGUGCCUUCAAAGGCUGUAGCUCCUUGGAGACGAUCGCACUGCCUUCCGUCAUCACUUUGGGUGCCGAAGCCUUCGAUGGCUGCCGCGCCCUGCGUGCGCUUGGGGCGCCGCAUGUGCGUUGGGUGGGGCCCCGGGCGUGUCGAAACUGCAGCGCCCUGCAGGAGGUGGACUUGCCGUUGGCCACCAGCCUGGGUGGCUGGGCCUUCGAACACUGCCCGAAGCUCACCACGCUGAAGCUGCCGAAGCUCACGUCCGUGGGUUCCAAUGCCUUUCUCGGCUGCAGCGCCCUGCGGGUUCCGACGACGGUGCCCUUGGCGGGCGGGGUCCGACUUCCUACCGAGGAUCGGUUCCUUCGUCGUUCCUUGUAA